CUCACUCACAGAGCGCUCAGCGACGUAGCGUCUCUACCAUAGCCACACAGCUCCCGGCCUCUCCUCCGUCACCUGGGACCCCCAUAACAGCAGCAGCACUACAGGGACUUCUCCCCUGUUCGGCCUCUCUCCACUCCAGCAUGGAGCAAGGGGAAGGCUCACAGUCGCGACGGAGGGGUAAGUGCCUGGCCGACUCUCACCUGGAGGAUUUUUUUACCCCCUAGAGUCAGACUUCUAUCUCGCUAACCUUCUUACCCCCCUAGAUCCAGGCUGCUACCUAAUUAACAUGUGCUGCAAAGUCUGCUGUACUAACCUAUUGUAUGGCUAUUGACAGGGCGUUCUAUGGGGUUCUAUAGAUUUUCUGUAGCUGUCGGCUUGAGAUGUUUAGUUUUGUGUGCAUUUCUCUAUUGUACAAGUGAAGGUUUUACACUUACAUUUUAGUCAUUUAGUGGACGCUCUUAUUCAGAGCAACUUACAGUAGUGAUUUUCCCAAACUUGGUAUUUUAAGUGGAUUUAUUUACCUGGGAUGACUUUUGGUGUCUGUAUUGGGCUUGAGUUGUAGUAAGGCGUGUUAAAGGGAUUGAAGGGAGUACUUUCUGACUCCCACUCUCUCUGGCUGUCGUACCGUGAGCCAUAGGCAAACUAACAUUGAGAGUGCUAGAAAGCUUACUGUACAGAGCUUCCACUGAGGGGAGCUUAGCGGUUAUAAAUAGUGUGUGUGGCCAUUUAUUACCAUAGAGACUGAGACACUUGGCCUCCCCCAUUAGUUCACCACUACCUGAAGCUCAGUCACACAGCACAGGUGCACAGUAGUUUCCCCUCUUUCUUGUCUUCCUACCCUCUCUGUUUGAAGGAAGCAGAAAUAUUGACUCGUUCUGCAGAGGGAUGUUCAUAUGGAUUCUGAAGUUUUCUUUUGCUGUGGGUCGGUUCUGUUCCAAUUUUCAUACUAGCUAAACAUAAUCAGGGACAGCAGUACUCCAGACCUCGUAAGGUAAGAUUUCCAGGGUAAGGAGUACUGCUGUCCCUGAUAAGAGCAGGGGUUCCCAAACUUUUUCACUCAGGCCCCCCUUCCAGCAUUGGAGAACCCCCCCCCCCCCCCCCCCAAAAUGAAUAUAAUUUUAUUGCAACUCUAUAAAUUUUGCCAUGUAUAAUGUGUAUUCAUGUGAUAUUUGAGUGACUCAAACAUUACAACAAAAUCUAUGGUCUAAAAAAACCUGCUGUGACAUCUGUACAGGUGUAUGUUAGGCGAAGUCAUGACAGAGGGAUUGUUAAUGCUCACGCACCUGCAUUCAUUCAUCAACACAGACAGGACAUGCCUCCUCCCUACUCCUCUUCCUCUUCCUCGUUACCCUCCCCUUCUGUCUCACCCCCAUACUCAUCUAUGUGGAAAUGAGGGCACCUCCACUACUCGUUUGACCUUGUCUACAGUAGUUCACCCUGAUAGGUUUGGGAUUGCAUGAAACUGAUAGGGGGUUUAUUAUACUCUGCAUACCCACCACAUAGUUUCUUUAACCCUACCCUGCUAAUGGGGGACCUAAAAUGGCAUCUCCCAAUGACCCAGGAUGUAAAAAAAAAUGUGGCUGGUAAGAUUGUUUAACUUUUGGUUGUGUCUGCAACCAUUUACCUCAGCAAUGAACAACGAAAUAUCAAACAUUUUAGGGAAAGAUGGUGCUGUAGAGGAGUCUCUAUGGAGUCUCACUUCCUGUUGGCAACUCAUUGGCUACUCACAACCUCCUUCAACUCAACCAAAUUUUGGGGGGACAUUGCUUUGUAAAAUGCAAAUUUUCCUUUACAUAAAUGGACAAAAUUAGUCUUGAUUCUGGUCUCUUUCUCAGUUCAGUAGUGCUGUUUACAGUAGACAUUGUUGCCAUUGUAUGCUUCACUAGAGCACAUUGGUUAGGGUUUACACAACUUUCACCAAUGGCAGAACAGGAAGACUAGUGAGCAACAUGUAAGAAUGAGUCAACCCAAGAAACAUAGGCUAUUAUUUGCAGAACCUGCCCCUUCAUUGUCUGGCCCUCAGGUCAUUUUUAGAAAAUAUGAAUGUGUUCUCAAUAACAAACCUGGUUAAAUAAAGGCAAUAAUAUUGCCAAACUUCGUAUCGAAAAUCUGUUGGGCACCCUCUCGCUCUGAUGAAAACAUUUGGGAAUAGGAAAGUUGUGAGAACUGGAGUUAAAGGGCAUGUCGGCUAUUGCUGUACUCCUGGAUAACAAUAAUUGAAGCUAAGUUCAUGCAGUGCAAGUUAUGCAACUUCUCUGAUUGGAUGGACUGGGAUUGCGUGGGUAGUUCUGGCAUGUCUGCCUGUGUAGACACCUUGUAAAUUGAAUUUGAACGGCUAAUCCUCUCUCACGAUUGCAAUUGAACUGUAUCAAUUCACCUUUGACUUUAAAGCACCGUUGCCUUACUGGGGAAUACUAUAUCUAUUUUAUUGUCACAUACACCAGAUAGGUGCAGUGUUGUUUUAUAGAGUUAGCUAUAGUACGGCACCCCUGGAGCAAAUUAGAGUUAAGUGCUUUGCUCAAGGGCACAUCGACAGAUUCUUCACCUUGUCGACUCAGGUAUUUGAACCAGCGACCUUUUGGUUACUGGCCCAACGCUACCUGCUGCCCCUACGUACAAUAAACUCCAUUGUUGCUGUUUAGGCCUAAUGAUUUGGGUGAAACUGCAUUGGUUUAUUUUGUUGACAGUGCAGUGGUAUGCUGUUGGCUGAUCAAUAACAAUUGCUUAUCCCUUGGUUUUUGAGGGGCUGUUUAGAAUGGAAGUUAAGGUAAGCUUUGGUUGUAUGCAAUGUUCCCUCAAAUAUUUUUCAUCACAGAGCAAAUGUACUGUUUACACUAAGGCUGACCCGCUUUGAGAUAUUUUUAACAGUGGUCAAGUACGCUACUGUGGCUAUUUGAUCAUAAUGUAGGCCUAACAGAGUGGCCUACCAUCAAAAACAAUGGAGAAAAUGCAUCCAAUAUCAUUUUAACAUGGAAAUAGCUGUUAUAUCGUUCAGCCUACAGUAGCAGCCAAUGUGUGGUAUUCAAGGUAGGCCUACAAUCCAUGAGACUUGAAAAAAAACAUGCAGGGCUUGACAUUACCCUGUUUAUCCACUUGUCCUUCAGACAAGGAGUUGACUGAAAAUGUUGUGUUGUUUGAUGCAAGAAACCACUUUACAAAAUAAAAUGCAUUAUUAUUCCCAUACCAUUAUUACAGAGAAUCAGACUAAUUAUGCUACCCUCUGCAUAUUGGCUACUUAGCUUAUUCAAGCCUGUCUCAAAAUACAACACUGCCCCUUUAAGACAAAAUAAAAUAAAGCUCUUUACCAGACUCGCUUUUCAAGGAUGUCUAGAAAUGCACAUGUUUUGUGCUCUUGUAGGAAGCAAUCACUCCCCCAUUGCUGACUACAAAUUAUCUAUAACUGGGCUAAUAACUCACUAACUAGCAAAGGAUAUGAACAAAUGUACAGAUGUGGUCGCUAGCGCUCUCUUUGAUCUCUAAACAAGUGCAUCUACUCACGACCGCUGAUGCUGUAAAUACAGUCCAGUUCAAAGUGAAUGGCAGAUCCAUACAAUGGUCUAUUUGCAUAUAGGCCUACUGCAGCUCUGAUUGGUUAUGGCACACCGGUCUGUGUAGAGUAUGUGCCUGAGUCGUGCCUGUCAAUGCAAUAGAAUCCUACUCCGAUGUGUUCUGCUUACAACAAAAUCUCUUGUACAGUGGGGAAAAAAAGUAUUUAGUCAGCCACCAAUUGUGCAAGUUCUCCCACUUAAAAAGAUGAGAGAGGCCUGUAAUUUUCAUCAUAGGUACACGUCAACUAUGACAGACAAAAUGAGAAAAGAAAUUCCAGAAAAUCACAUUGUAGGAUUUUUUAUGAAUGUAUUUGCAAAUUAUGGUGGAAAAUAAGUAUUUGGUCAAUAACAAAAAAGUUUCUCAAUACUUUGUUAUAUACCCUUUGUUGGCAAUGACACAGGUCAAACGUUUUCUGUAAGUCUUCAGAAGGUUUUCACACACUGUUGCUGGUAUUUUGGCCCAUUCCUCCAUGCAGAUCUCCUCUAGAGCAGUGAUGUUUUGGGGCUGUCGCUGGGCAACACGGAUUUUCAACUCCCUCCAAAGAUUUUCUAUGGGGUUGAGAUCUGGAGACUGGCUAGGCCACUCCAGGACCUUGAAAUGCUUCUUACGAAGCCACUCCUUCGUUGCCCGGGCGGUGUGUUUGGGAUCAUUGUCAUGCUGAAAGACCAGCCACGUUUCAUCUUCAAUGCCCUUGCUGAUGGAAGGAGGUUUUCACUCAAAAUCUCACGAUACAUGGCCCCAUUCAUUCUUUCCUUUACACGGAUUAGUCGUCCUGGUCCCUUUGCAGAAAAACAGCCCCAAAGCAUGAUGUUUCCACCCCCAUGCUUCACAGUAGGUAUGGUGUUCUUUGGAUGCAACUCAGCAUUCUUUGUACUCCAAACACGACGAGUUGAGUUUUUACCAAAAAGUUAUAUUUUGGUUUCAUCUGACCAUAUGACAUUCUCCCAAUCCUCUUCUGGAUCAUCCAAAUGCACUCUAGCAAACUUCAGACGGGCCUGGACAUGUACUGGCUUAAGCAGGGGGACACAGCAGGAUUUGAGUCCCUGGCGGCGUAGUGUGUUACUGAUGGUAGGCUUUGUUACUUUGGUCCCAGCUCUCUACAGGUCAUUCACUAGGUCCCCCCGUGUGGUUCUGGGAUUUUUGCUCACCGUUCUUGUGAUCAUUUUGACCCCACGGGGUGAGAUCUUGCGUGGAGCCCCAGAUCGAGGGAGAUUAUCAGUGGUGUUGUAUGUCUUCCAUUUCCUAAUAAUUGCUCCCACAGUUGAUUUCUUCAAACCAAGCUGCUUACCUAUUGCAGAUUCAGUCUUCCCAGCCUGGUGCAGGUCUACAAUUUUGUUUCUGGUGUCCUUUGACAGCUCUUUGGUCUUGGCCAUAGUGGAGUUUGGAGUGUGACUGUUUGAGGUUGUGGACAGGUGUAUUUUAUACUGAUAACAAGUUCAAACAGGUGCCAUUAAUACAGGAAACGACGGGAGGACAGAGGAGCCUCUUAAAGAAGAAGUUACAGGUCUGUGAGAGCCAGAAAUCUUGCUUGUUUGUAGGUGACCAAAUACUUAUUUUCCACCAUAAUUUGCAAAUAAAUUCAUUAAAAAUCCUACAAUGUGAUUUUCUGGAGAAAAAAAUUCUCAAUUUGUCUGUCAUAGUUGACGUGUACCUAUGAUGAAAAUUACAGGCAUCUCUCAUCUUUUUAAGUGGGAGAACUUGCACAAUUGGUGGCUGACUAAAUACUUUUUUUCCCCACUGUAUAGUUAGUUUCGCAUACUAAGUCUUGCAUAGAUCAUUUUGUUUCGAUAUGUUGCAUUGAAAAUGGCUAAUAUUGCGUUGAUUCAAUCACAGUUCCCACAGUAAAGGGAAACGUUGAAAGUGUUAACUAAUGGGGAAAAUUCUAGAAAGUUGAGUGAAGUUCAAUCUUGUGUUUCUCUGCACGCGCUGAUAUUUCUUCUGCGCGGCAGUUCCGGGGGAGCUUACAGGGAACAUUGGUUGUAGGCCUUCAGCAUCAGUAAGAUGUUUGCUUCACUAAUAAGAGUUUUGACUGGGAUAGGCCUAACUGUUGGGUCUUUCUCAGUCCCUACAUACACACAGUGCUGCAAAGGAUAGGCCCAAUGUAAGACUCUUACAUUACGAUGCAGAAGAUACUCAACCACUUAACUGACCACUGCUUGGUUAGCUUGUUUAAUACAUGGCCAGGCAAAGCUUUAUACAACCUCUGUGGUAGUUUGACCUUUAUACUAUGACGUAGAAACAUCAAUCCAUACUAUACAGACUCCGACCAAAAGAACACAGUGAAAAUGGCACCGCAUGGGUCCCAUAUCUUCUAUGUGAGCUGUCCUGGGUCCAGACAUGGCGUGCAAGCGUUUGUUGUGCACAGAUUUAGAGAAGAAUGACGAGAAUUCCGGUAUUCUUCUAGAGCAGCCAGCCGAAUCUACACAACAUGGGGAGACACGCAACAUCGCUGCAGAGAAUAACAACCGCCAGCCCCAUCAAUGGAUACGGUAUACUCUUUCCCGACCCGCACUCAUUCAGACCUCUGUGUGUAUGUCUCUCUCUCGCGCGCUCUUUCGCUCUCGCUCUCUAUUUCUCCCUCUUGUGUUCUCUCUGGCCGUCUCACCCACUCUGAUGUUCUUUCCCUCUCUCUCGCUCUCUCCAGCUAGUUCUCUCAUUUGAAGAGGUAAACCAGUCCAUUGUCUGGCCUGGAGUAGCUGCCUACCUUGAAAAGGGACGAAUAGGCACGUAUGACGCCAGCGAUGAUGUGCCCACAUGUCCGUAAACUAGGUCACCAGCUUGGCCUUAGUAGGCUAGCCAAUAUGGAACUGGACCGUGUCUCCUGGGACUUUUUCCAACUGCUCCCUCGACGUCCCUCUCUAUUCCCUCCUCCUGUGUUGGGAGGUGUUGGGAGGUUCUCUUCUGUUGUCCUACCAAUCCAGUCAAUUUAAAGGAGGAGUUAGGACGGAGUGUCGCUUUGUUAUCGUCCAAAAGCGGAAGUUGCAUCACAUGCUCUCUUUCCAUUUCCCCUGAAAACCGGAACAUCCGGUUGUUGGGGACUGGACAGAGGCUAGUUGGCACAUGGACCUAUCCUGUGAGUGUCAGGGUCAGUGUGAAUUCCUUUGGCAUGGUGAGGAUGUGUUGAUGCUCACUGUGGGACUUUGGAUCUCAUCACCUGCUGUGAUGUCUGCUGGGAUGUCUCAUGAUUGGACAUGAUACAGGUUUUCUGCAGAGUCAUUGGCAUUGGUCGCAUCUACAUUUAUAGCUCUGGGAAACUGAGAAUUGGUACAAUACAGGAUUGUUGUCUGGUUACCAUUCGUUAGGUGUUUUAUUUUGCUUAGAUUUAUGAACUUGACCUGAACCUUUUGAAGGUGUUCUUUAAUAUGGAUUGGCUUAUGAUAUCAGAACAUGAAUAACAAAUGUUGAAUUGUCUCUGAGAAAAAUGGUCCCGUGUGGCUCAGUUGGUAGAGAUUGGCGCUUGCAACGCCAGGGUUGAGGGUUCAAUUCCCACUGGGGAACCAAUAUGAACUAGUUUGAAAUGCACUCACUACUGUAAGUCGACCUGGAUAAGAUUGUCUGCUAAAGUACUAAAAUGCUAUUUUUACUUUCACUUUCCUGCUAUUGCUAUUGGAGCCAUAAAUAGUUGCUAUAAUCAUCCAUUGAAAAGCAAUCCUGACUUCCAGGAUUCUUGCUGGAUCACUCCUCCAUUGACAUCCUUACACAGUGGUUCCCUUACACACGUGGCAUGCUGCAAGUAGAAACGCACCACACUAAUAUUAGACACAGCACACAGGAAUUAACCCUCGGUUCAAAGGGGAUUUGAUGACAUUGGGAUUUAGUGUCAUUAAAGCCAAUGAUUACCUGUAGCGUGUACCUUCUGUCAGUGCGAAAGUGUGACAUGGAAUCGCUUCCUCUUGCCUCGGACGCCGCCACACAUUUACUCACAUUCCCUAUAUUUAUGUUAUCCUUCCCCACACACAUUAUCAAUUUAUUUGCAAUAAUCUCUCCACCCUCUACUCUACUUUAAUGGCCCCUAUCACAAAAUGACAUUCUGACUUUCUUUACAAUUACCACAGGGCUUAGGAUGCAAGCCUCUCAUUCCCAGCAGCUGGAUCAAGCAGCAAAAGUUGCACAGAUGAAAGCACACAGCAGUCACAGGUCACACUCCACCAGGUCUGAAUGAAUGAAUUUGGUUGACUCACAUAUUUACUUAAAUGGGUGUGGAAAGGAGACACUGGCUAUCGGGUGUGUUGAAAUGGGAGAUGCUCGUAAAUGUCUCAGUAGCGCUAUACGUAGGCCUACGGUAUCUUAACCCCCUAUGUAGAGGCUGUCUGCUACUCCGCUUACUCUAAACAUUUGCUUAGCGCGAUGCUCUACAGAAUGCUGGGUAAAGGGCCAGCUCGGCUCACAGUUUGGUGCCAGAAUGUUCUCCACAUAGGCUGUUAGGCCUCAGGUGGGCCUUAGGCCACCUCUGACAUUCCAGUCUGCUGUGUGUUGAUAUACAAGCCCUCACAAGAGGAAAUGUCAUCCUAUUAGCCUCUGAAAACUAGCAUUAGCUAAAGUAGCAUUGGAUAAAAUAUAUGGGAUGAAUUAUGCCUGCAUAUUUAGGUGAACAAUGUAGAGCCUUGUAUUGCAAAAUAUAUUGCCUAGUGAUUGCUUAAUGCGAUUUAGUAGGUCCUAAAACAUCUUAUCAACCCUUUUUGAGGGAACUUUAUUUAGCAUAACAGAAUCAUAAGAUUGAGCCAUUUGCUACAAUUACCUCUCAUUUUAUUUGAUUGUUGUAACAAGUCGGCUUUUAGGCCUGGUUGUAACACAGAUCAAAACAACUCAUUCCCAUUGUUUGUUUAGUCUUCAUGCUCUGUCUGGGUCAGUAGUUUUUCCUCUGUUGAUGGUAUCGGCUAGCCAGACUGACACUAAUGCUAAAACAGAACCCAUUGGAAAUGAGAGUGGCUAAAUAAGAAGAAUCUCCACUUGCCACUGCCUUCUGUGGCGGUCUUCAUUUUAGUAUUUUAUUGACAUUCUCUUUUCUUCUGGAUUUCAAGCAUUAGCCAAGUCUAAUUUUAAUGUCAAUAAAAUGUAAUCAAUCAAUGAAUAUGUGUUGCUUCUAGCGGACUAUAAUUACAUACUCGUACUACAUGUUUUUGAACCAUCUCAACCAUGAGGAGGAUGUGUGUGUUCAUGGUUAAUCCAGAACUCCAUUACAAGCUGUAAUAGCUGGAUCAAUGAACCAUUACCACCAGUGUAUAGACAUCGAUCACCAUCAUGGCCCCCAAUGUCCCAGUAAAGAAAAUCUAUGGGGCUGAGCUGAAACUCACUGAAGUGAAUGUUGGAGUCAUUUUGUUGUCUUCCAAACAAACUGGGCCCGUUUCCUGAUAACGAUGGAACUUAGGCAUUCAAGAGUUUUAACAAUGCAUCUUUCUUACAGCGGCCAAAGAUUUAACAUGCGUUUCCCAAAACACCACGCAGAAAGAACGUUCGCUAAGUGCGUCGUUUGAACAUGUGUCGAUACUGAUAGGAUCGAAAGAAAGGGAGCGCUGAGCUCGGAUCAGCUUUCUCCAUUCAAGUAUAUUUUAACAUUAGAUUUAUUUCACAGUACUGACGACAAAUCAGCUCCUACAGAGAUCGUACCACCUCCGGCUGCAAAUAGAGCUCAAUUGAUUGAACAUUAAAUGUAUUUCAAUAUGAUUCAAAUAGGCCUAUAGCUUACUGUUUAUAUUUUAAUGCAGUCAUCUCAGUUUUCAUUUGAAGCAUCAUUUUAUACUGUACGUUGCUUGUUUGUAUCAAUUGAAAAGAGAUUGGCAACUUUGUAUUUGUAGUCAACUUUCUUCUGAAGUUAUCUGUGAUUCUAUGUUUAGUGGAGAUCUCCUAUGUAUAAAGUGACACGGGAGGUGAAAAAAUGAUCAAACGGCGCACUUAGCUGUUCUAUGAGUGGUCUGAGGCAGGCGUAGAUUAUGAGUCUUUUUACAUUUUUACAUUUUAGUCAUUUAGCAGACGCUCUUAUCCAGGCAACAUUAAUAACGAUGGUUUUGGGAAACAGCUUUGAGAUUUAACAAUGCUCCUACGAAUGUUCUAACGAUUAACUUUUGGGAAACCAGGCCCUGGUUGGUUUUAGCUUUUACCAUAAGUCUUCUGGUUAACAGCCAGUUAACCUACUUUGUCAUCCAUUUACUUACCUCAGCCGAACAGUCAUUUUAACAUUUUAUUUUCCACUUCAAUGACUUUGAUGGAGGUUUGUUUUCUCAAAAACGGUCUCUUCUGCUUCCACAGGCGAUGGCAUGCCAAAGGAAAGCAGUCCGUUCAUAAACAACACAGACAAUGACAAAGGGAAUCUAUACGAUGGGAAGAACAUGGCCCUCUUUGAGGUAACUGUCAACAUCCAACCGCCUUGAUUUAUAUAUAACGUUAUCUGUGGUAUUUCAUUUGACCUUUGACCUAAGCUUUGACUUAGGUCUGUUGAUCAGGGAUUCAAUGCUAAAUGGAGUGGGACAAAAACUGUGUGGAAGGGGCUUUCUCUGUUAUUUCUAUCCAGUUUUCAAAGGCACUGUCUAAUGCCAUUUGGCUGCCCUAACCUCUCUGUGGUAGUGAUCCAUUAUAUUGAAUCCUAUGAAUAACAUGAAUUAUGGACUGUGAAAUCUAUUUCUACUUCUCUACUAUAAUUCGCUCCAGCAAAGCUUUUCUAAUCUCCUUUGAUUUCUGUACAGUUUCUAAAUUCCUCUUGACCGUUUCACCCAUCAUUGCGCUUCUCAAGUUAUUUCCCUGACCCUUAUGCAGAGAGCUUGAAAGCUAAGAGGUGUUAUGACACUUUUUGUGUUAUGGUAUUUUUUGUUCACAGGAAGAGAUGGACAGCAACCCCAUGGUAUCCUCUCUGCUCAACAAGCUGGCUAACUACACCAACCUCACCCAGGGGGUCAAAGAGCACGAGGAGGCAGACGACGACGAGGGGCCAGCCAAGACUAAGAAACCAGUCAAGGUAAGCCUGUCGUCUCCACAUUGUGUGGACAAUUAUGUUUUUUAAUUAUUUUCUUACGACAUCAGAUCCACGUAGUGACACAAGCCACUUCCAUGCACAUCCGACUCCUACUGCCUGAUAUAGGUGAUAAUGACAAAGCAAAUGUAAUCCUCUCAACGUGGGGACUUUGUGUGUGUUCUGAAGUGUGGAGGAAAUAGCUUGGUUUAGACUGUUGGUACUGUAAAUGGGACAGCCUAUGGUUUCAAGUCUAUAAAAUGUCUUCAAUUGGUUAGUGUAUCCCAUCAUACGUAUUUUCUCCUGAUUUUUUGUACCCUUUUAAAAACUGCUGAAUUAAUGAUUGCAGAACAGGGUCUUUGACCAGAGCAAACAUUCAGUGUGCAACACGUGUGCAGCACAAAGGACAUGCAAACAUUCUCACUUGGUUUGUCUGCAUGCGUUACACUGUGAUUGAUCAGUGUUGCCUUUAUACUUACUAACCCAACUGCUACUAUCUAUCCUAGACUAUGGUGACAUCAUGUAUCAAAACACAAAUAAGACCUUACUUUGCGAAUUAUAUGUUAUUUAUAACAAUCUUUGCAGAUUCAUUAUUGGAUGCCAUUAUAAGACAUCAUUGCACAAAAUAUGAAUCACUAAAUUGUCUGUUACUCCCAAACAGAAGACAUUUUUUUUAUGUAUCAACUUAAAUUUCCCUGUAUAUAUUAAGAAACACCUAACUUUACAAGACUCACACGACUCCUUUUGACAACAGCAGCAAUUACAAAUUCAAAAGUUACAUCAUGAGGUUGGAGUAAGGUCUUUCAGAUACAAAGGCCCAACCGGAAUAAUUUACCUAUAGAAAUCAGGGCAUUACAAUCACACAGUGAAUUUAAGAAAGGCUUUUUUCAAAUGUUAAGAACAAACUGUUUGUGUUUUUAACUAAUAGAAACAUAAUGUGCCGAUAUUUGUAAAUAAAAAUGUAUGUGCAGUGACUUCUGAUAUUAUUCAUACUCCUUGACUUAUUCCAUAUUUUGUUGUGUAACAGCUUUUUUUAUUUUUACACAUCUACCAAUCAGUGCCCUUCUUUCAGAAGCAUUGAAAAACCUCCAUGAUCUUUGUGCUUGAAUCUGUGCUUGAAAUUCACUGCUUGACUGAGUCAUUCAGAAAUAAUUUUAAACACUAUUAUUGAACAUAACCCAUGCAGGGUCCAUGUAACUUAUUAUGUGAUUUGUUAAGCACAUUUUUACUCCUGAACUUAUUUACGCUUACCAUAACAAAGGGGUUGAAUACUUAUGGACUCAAGACAUUUCAGCAUUUAAUUUUGUAUUAAUUUAAGAAAUGUUCUACAAACAAAAUUCUACUUUGACAUUAUGGGGUAUUGUGUGUAGAUCAGGGACACAAAAUCAAAAUGUAAUCAAUUUUAAAUACAGGCUGUAACACAACAAAAUGUGGAAUAAGUCAAGGGGUGUGAAUAAUUUCUGAAGGCACCCUAUGUCUGUAUUACAGGUACUUAGUUUUAUUAGUUGCAUUAGUAGUUGUAGCAUUUGUUUUUAUUAGUUGUAUUAGUAGUUGUACAACAACUUUUUUAUGCUGUUAAUGUACGUUUUUUAUCAUUAUCAUUAUUUCAUUGUUAUUAUUAUUAGACAGUAGUUGCCAUAUUUUUAUUGUUACAAAGUAUUUUAAAAUUUAAAUUUUUGGACACUCUUGAAAAUGAGAUGGUGCAUCUCAAGAGAUAUCAUCCUGCAAAAUGUCAAAUAAAUAAAUAAAUACUUGUUAUGCUCCAAGAAAGUCACCCUCCCAUAAAGAAAUCAAACCACUCUGGCCACCACAACGACAUCAAAAACACAUUCUUGUCAUAUUUCUCACAGACAGUUGUUUUCUUCAGGAAAUGUGGUCAAAAUAGCAAGAAUUGAAUGCAGGUCGGCGUCCAAAGUGGAACCCUAUUUCCUAUAUAGUGCACUACUUUUAACCAGAGCUCUGGUCAAAAGUAGUACACUAUAUGAGAUAGGCUUUCAUUUUGGACACAUCCCAGGUCUGGGUGUUGUGUAAUAGGCUGAGCAGAGCACCUCCUCCUGAGACAGUGUGAUAGUUGAAGGGGCCUGUGGUCCCAUGGGGUAAAAAAGCAUGAUUGAUAAUCAUUAAUGCAAUCUCUUUUUCUACUGGGCUGAAUUUAUCUGGUGUUCUGUUUAUCUGGUGUUCUGUUUAUCUGGUGUUCUGUUGCUUUAUCUGGUGUUCUGUUUAUCUGGUGUUCUGUUGCUUUAUCUGGUGCUGUCCUUUAAAGGGGCAAUCUACAGUUUGAACAAUAACAAAGUGUAGUCCCUGCCACUGAUUUGCUGAACAGCGGAAGGAUGGGGCUGGAGAAAUAUAACCACUCUCAAACUCAUGGACUGACCAUCCAUGAUAUAAAAAUUAUAGUUUUAACCAUGUUUUGAGCUACAGUGGGGAGAACAAGUUUUUGAUACACUGCCGAUUUUGCAGAUUUUCCUACUUACAAAGCAUGUAGAGGUCUGUAAUUUUUAUCAUAGGUACACUUCAACUGUGAGAGACAGAAUCUAAAACAACAAUCCAGAAAAUCACAUUGUAUGAUUUUUAAGUAAUUAAUUUGCAUUUUAUUGCAUGACAUAAGUAUUUGAUACAUCAGAAAAGCAGAACUUAAUAUUUGGUACAGAAACCUUUGUUUGCAAUUACAGAGAUCAUACGUUUCCUGUAGGUCUUGACCAGAUUUGCACACACUGCAGCAGGGAUUUUGGCCCACUCCUCCAUGCAGACCUUCUCCAGAUCCUUCAGGUUUCGGGGCUGUCGCUGGGCAAUACAAACUUUCAGCUCCCUCCAAAGAUUUUCUAUUGGGUUUAGGUCUGGAGACUGGCUAGGCCACUCCAGGACCUUGAGAUACUUCUUACGGAGCCACUCCUUAGUUGCCCUGGCUGUGUGUUUCGGGUAGUUGUCAUGCUGGAAGACCCAGCCACGACCCAUCUUCAUUGCUCUUACUGAGGGAAGGAGGUUGUUGGCCAAGAUCUCGUGAUACAUGGCCCCAUCCAUCCUCCCCUCAAUACGGUGCAGUCGUCCUGUCCCCUUUGCAGAAAAGCAUCCCCAAAUAAUUAUGUUUCCACCUCCAUGCUUCACAGUUGGGAUGGUGUUCUUGGGGUUGUACUCAUCCUUAAACACGGCGAGUGGAGUUUAGACCAAAAAGCUCUAUUUUUGUCUCAUCAGACCACAUGACCUUCUCCCAUUCCUCCUCUGGAUCAUCCAGAUGGUCAUUGGCAAACUUCAGACGGGCCUGGACAUGCGCUGGCUUGAGCAGGGGGACCUUGCGUGCACUGCAGGAUUUUAAUCCAUGACGGCGUAGUGUGUUACUAAUGGUUUUCUUUGAGACUGUGGUCCCAGCUCUCUUCAGGUCAUUGACCAGGUCCUGCCGUGUAGUUCUGGGCUGAUCCCUCACCUUCCUCAUGAUCAUUGAUGCCCCACGAGGUGAGAUCUUGCAUGGAGCCCCAGACCGAGGGUGAUUGACCAUCAUCUUUAACUUCUUCCAUUUUCUAAUAAUUGCACCAACAGUUGUUGCCUUCUCACCAAGCUGCUUGCCUAUUGUCCUGUAGCCCAUCCCAGCCUUGUGCAGGUCUACAAUUUUAUCCCUGAUAUCCUUACACAGCUCUCUGGUCUUGGCCAUUGUGGAGAGGUUGGAGUCUGUUUGAUUGAGUGUGUGGACAGGUGUCUUUUAUACAGGUAACGAGUUCAAACAGGUGCAGUUAAUACAGGUAAUGAGUGGAGAACAGGAGGGCUUCUUAAAGAAAAACUAACAGGUCUGUGAGAGCCGGAAUUCUUACUGGUUGGUAGGUGAUCAAAUACUUAUGUCAUACAAUAAAAUGCAAAUUAAUUACUUAAAAAUCAUACAAUGUGAUUUUCUGGAUUUUUGUUUUAGAUUCCGUCUCUCACAGUUGAAGUGUGCCUAUGAUAAAAAUUACAGACAUCUACAUGCUUUGUAAGUAGGAAAACCAGCAAUAAGUUAUAUUCUUCAAGAAUCAAUGGGAAUUUAUCAUUAAUUUAAAAGUUUUAAAAAAUGAUGUUUAAGAAAAGCCUCAUUCUCUUACAUGGGUCUGACACAAUCCAGCCGUUUAUACUUUCUCUCCCAGAGUUACAGCCUGGAGGAACCUUUUAUUAAGUUGUUCUUCCAAGCCUGUUUGCUGCAAAAAAAUCUAAAGAAAAUACCCACACUGUUUUCCAAGUGGUGCAAUUCCACAGUAACCACAGCCCCUGUCCCAUACCAAUUGCCCCAUCAUGUUUUCUGCACGGAGACCAGAUGCGGAUGAGCAUUUCUGAUUGGUCCUAGAGUGCCAAGGAUGGAGUGAAAAUGACACCCCUGGCUUGUCCGGUUCUCCACUCUCAGACCGGGAUCAGUGGGACUUUCCUUUAGGUUUAGAUUGAGAGAUGGUCAAAAAGGCAGCCACCCCUUUGAAGAAAUAGGGGAGGGUACUCUACUGGGAUAUUCGGGUACAUUUCUGUUUCUUUUAAUAAUCGCGGCGCCCCCUCCUUUUUUUGAGCUGUUGCGAAACUUCUCUUUUGAUGGAAUGGAUCUGUGAGGGGGAUGCCUCUGAUGAAAGUUCUGGAAAGUUCCAUCGCGGUGCAGGGUAGGACUGUUUACUUCGCUGUACAUUUUCUAGGAGGCGAUAAGGUCAAGCUAUUGAUUAUACCCUGAUAAUGGGGCAUUUUCCUCAAGCAACAAUGCUUGUACUGUAUCUCCAUGACUCCUUGGUAUAUUUUUUACCUUGAAUGAAUGUAUUUCUUGUAUUUAUCAAAAAACACAUUUAUUGGUGGGGUAUUUGAUUUCGAUUGCCAUCUUUGGCAAACAAGGAUUUAGUUCAAUGUAUCAUACAAACGUGUUAUUAAGCGACUGGCCAAGGCAAUGGUGUCAUAUAAGGCACCAGACCAGACAAUAAUAUUUAAUGGUUAAAGAAAAAACUAUUUUCCGAUGCUUUUCACUCCUUGUGCAUUUUGUCCUAAUAGUGGGUCUGAGCAAUAUUAUAGUUGUGUGGUACACUAUGGUGGUGGAUGGGAUUACCCCCAUAUCAAAGUGUCAUGACAGAUAAUGAAAAGCAAUAUCUUAAAUGUAAUCCAUUAUAAAUACUAGUUGAAUAUGAUUAAUAUAGUGAAACUGUUCUCCUUUACCUGUCGUCACCCUGCCCUCUCCCUCCUCAGAGUCCUGCGUUGGGCACGUUAAUCGGGGUGUACCUGCCCUGUCUGCAGAACAUCCUGGGGGUCAUCCUGUUCCUGCGCCUCACCUGGAUCGUGGGCACCGCCGGCAUCAUGGAGUCCCUGGCCAUUGUGGUUAUGACCUGUUCCUGUGUAAGUAAUAUAAUAAUAUUAUUAUUUAUCCAAAGCGACCUAGUCAUGCGUGCAUACGUUUUAUAAAUAGGUAGCCCUGGGAAUCGAACCCACUAUCUUGGCAUUGCAAGCGCCAUGCUCUACCAACUGAGCUACAGAGGACCACUACCUAACCAGAGUCUGAAGACUAUGUUAGGUUGAACAAAGACCCACACAUGAUCGGAGACUCCCAUCCCUUUUAACACUAUAGACCAAAUUUUGACAGUGAUACCAGAAUCUGUCCACUAAAAUAAGACCAUGAAGUGAGGAAUGUUUGUAUGGAGGUCAAUGAGAGCGUGUCGAAUUUGGUCAACAAAAAAUGUAAUUGGUAUUUUGCUACUUGAGGCUUAUUUGAAGUUCCGGAAUGGUUAGGUUGUUACAAAUGCACUGAUAUAAAUAGAUGCACGUGGCAUUUCGGCAACUUUUAUAUCGGAGUUGUGCCUGUUGUUCACACGCGUAUCUGACCUCUCAUUCGCUAGAAUGGUCCCAUCUGAUCUAGCCUCCUCUUGCCUGCCUUCCAUCUUUGAGGACAUGUAUUUCCAUUGUUCAAGUGGUCACUUGACCAUCUUGUCAAUAUAAUAGAUCAUCUUAGGUGAUACUUAUAGAGGGAUUUAUUUAUUUCAAAAUCUCUCUUUGAACAACAUCCUUGAAGGCUGUGGUCAUUGAUGUGAAUACUAACAGUAUGUAUAUAAUAGACUGUGCAGACAAUGCCAUCAAAAUCUGCUAUAUUACCAACUCAUUUUGAAUUAGGGGGGUGGUGUUGUAUGAGUGUGAGAAAAAGAAUGAAAGGGGGGUAGUGUGAGAAAGAGAGCGGGAGAAAGAUUGACAGUGAGAGUAGGUGUGUGAUUCAGUCAGUCCUGGUCACUGAUCCUCCUAUAUUUAGCUGUGGAGCUCGACUUAGAGGGACGUAGAGCUCCCGCUACUGAUGACACCUGGCAGCUUGAUGUCUAAUCCCCCUCUCUGUCUCCCCUUGCCACAAGCCUCUCUGACACACAGGGGCCUGGCUAUAUUUAUAAACCCAGCCCCCUCAGACAAUGGCUUCUCAAAGCUUUGGUGCGGAGGGAAAGAGAAAGGCUAGACACAAGAUUGAGCCCUUCCUGUCUUUGCGCUAUCGGAGGGAAUAACUCCCCUCCUCGCCCAUCGGCUUAAGAGCAGUGAACAAUAGAAGCCACGCGACUCCCAGUGUGUUACCUAAUGACUGUAAUGGAUUGAGCAGCUUUAGGCUGUGUGUGUGUGUGUGUGUGUGUGUGUGUGUGUGUGUGUGUGUGUGUGUGUGUGUGUGUGUGUGUGUGUGUGUGUGUGUGUGUGUGUGUGUGUGUGUGUGUGUGUGUGUGUGUCACGUCACAAGUCUGUUGCUGCAUCUAUGUCAUUUCAAGAGCCACUGCUCGUCAAAAUGUGUCGACAUGAUCACUAAAGUAAUAGUAGGCUUUAAUGGUGAUCGGCAUAAAGUUUAGCAGUUGUGUGAACCAAUAUUUUUUGGGACAUGUGGAAGACGACUUCACACAACUAAGAAGAAAUGCAUUCUGUCCUCUAGUAGUAAUAAUGAAGAAAGUGUUUCUAACUUUCUACAUAGCUAAAUGCAAGGUAUGUCAGGAAAGAAUUGAAAGAAUAGCCUACUUGUGCAGGAGAGGUGAGCCUGUGUACAAAGCUCACCUAUUCGAUGCAAUCAGAAAUACAUAAAGAAACUUCAUUUACUGAGUUUAAGGUUGUUGUACACACAGCUGCCCAUAGGAGAACCCUUUUUGGUUCCAAGGAGAACCCUCUGUGGAAAGGGUUCUACAUGGAACCCAAAAGGGUUCUACCUGAAACCAAAAAGGGUUCUUCAAAGGGUUAUCCUAUGGGGACAGCCAAAUAACCCUUUUAGGUUCUAGAUGGUACUGAAACCAAAAGGGUUCUUCAAAGAGUUCUCCUAUGGGGACAGCCGAAGAACCCUUUUAGGUUCUAGAUGGUACCUUUUUUCCUAAGAGUGUAAUUUGUGUCUACAUAGAUACACACAUUCAUCCUAUUCACUUCCACCUGGCUAGACAUAGACGCUGGACAGCACUUUCCAUUUCACACAUUCCACAUAACAGACACCAAUGUAGCCUUCUGUUGAACGCUGCUUCCAUUCAAAUGGAUAAGCUGCCUUUAGGGGGUAAAUUGCCAGCUAAUUGGCUUUUCUCCAGUUCAGCACAUGCCCUGAAAGCAAAGCAGGAAGCAGGAAGCAGGGGACAGAGAUUUAUUUUGGUCAAUCAUUGCCACCCGUGUCAGCUCAAGGGCAGGAGGAGUGUUAUGUAACCACCAACCAGCCAGAUGCAAAUAUCCUUGAAACCCAUUAAACCCUCCCAAAACAUUGACCGAUUUCACGGAAAAGGGGCUCAUAUCAAUUAACCAGCCGCCCACGAUUGUGUUUCCAAAGAUUUAUAAGCCAUAUCUGAGUCGUUUAGCCACUAAAUAUGGGAUAAGCUCCCCUUUGAUUAUUUUUGUGUAGAUUCCAUGAGUUUUAGAUUAAAAAAUCCUGCCCCUGCUGAACCUAAACUAAUAUUUUGAGAUUUUUUCCCUCUUUGCAGACAAUGCUGACCGCCAUAUCAAUGAGUGCCAUUGCUACGAAUGGUGUGGUUCCAGGUAGGCUUCCAACAUGGAUAAUGGUACAUUUCUACUUUUUCAAAAUAGAAUUGAGCUGCCCUAUAAUUUCCUUCACCUCAAGACAUUACAUUGAAUUUAAACUUCAAAUGAAGAUGAAAUGGAUUAGCGAGUUGGGUUCCAGCACUAGAGGGAACAAUAUGUGCCACUACACCCUAAAGUGAGUUUCCCCAAGGGCUGUGGUUGUGACUGACUCUGUCCCCCGUUGUUGUUGGUCUGUAGCUGGAGGCUCCUACUACAUGAUCUCCAGGUCCUUGGGGCCAGAGUUCGGCGGGGCCGUGGGGCUCUGCUUCUACCUGGGGACCACCUUCGCUGGCUCCAUGUACAUCCUUGGUACUAUAGAGAUUCUGCUGGUGAGUGUCCUUUGCAAAGAUACCAUCGUUUUUGCUACCACCUGCUCCGUAUACAUGAACCAAUAACAACACUGCCAGAUAAGGCUGGUUUUUGAACGUACAAAAACGCUGUACCCUUACUGAACUGAACUUCCCUGAUGACACCCCAUCUCCCUUCUCUUCCCAGACCUACAUUGUGCCUAGUGCGGCCAUCUUCAAGGCAGAGAAGAAGGAGGAUGAGCCGGAGGCGCUGCUCAACAACAUGCGGGUGUACGGCACCUGCUGCCUCACCCUCAUGUCCCUGGUGGUGUUCGUGGGGGUCAAGUACGUCAACAAGCUGGCCCUGGUCUUCCUGGCCUGUGUCAUCCUCUCCAUUCUGGCCAUCUACGCCGGAGUCAUCAAGACCGCCUUCGAACCGCCAGACUUCCCGUGAGUCUAGUCUAAACUCACAGCCUUGUAUAAAAGUACAACCAGAAACAACUAGAAGAGAACACACACAUUGCUCUUACCUCAGAUCAUAAGUCUCCUCAAAACAUCAAAGUCAAAUGUAUUAUUUCAAUGUUUUGUUCUAUAUCCUCCUCCCAGUAUUUGCUUGUUGGGGAACCGCACGCUGCAGAACCAAAACUUUGACCAGUGCUUGAAGACGAUGGAGGUGGACAACGUGACAGUCACCACCAAGCUGUGGUCCCUGUUCUGUGACUCUCCAGACCUCAACGCCACCUGCAAUGAGUACUUCACCCUAAACAAUGUCACUGUGAUCCAGGGCAUCCCUGGCCUGACCAGCGGCGUCAUCAGAGGUGAGAAGAAAAAAAACUAACCAACCUCUCUAGGCUACCUUUACAAAGAUUGCCCUAGAUGGUGGCUAUCUUUUCUAUUCAUUAAUUGGCAUUUUGUUAUGGCAGAUUUCUCCUAAUACAUAUAAUGAGAUCUGCAAAACUGAUGAAGUAGACUAUGGACUUUUUUGGGAUGAAAUUAUCCGACAAACUUUGAUUGUGGGGUAAACUAUACCUUUAUGUAAAGCCUGUGCUUCCUCUCAGUCUUACAAAACCCUAUCCUAAUGGAAACCAGGAUUACGAUCAUUAGUUUAUUUCUAAAGCAUAAUGCUGUAUGUGUUCCUCUGACUACUUACUAUAUUGCCUUUGAAGCUCUUAUGAAAAUUUGAUUAGGAAGAUAUACAGGAAACGUGAUCCAUUCCUGAGAUCCAACAGAGUGAUGCUUGAAGAAAGUAUUGUCCUGUAUUGUUGAAGUGUUCCCUGGCUUAUUUACUGACAGGAUCUUUUUUAUAGGAUAGAUGGGACUGUCUUCAAUUCAAUCAGCCCAGUAUCAUCUAGAUACAUCAUAGAUUUAUGCUGAGCUGCAGGUCUACCACAGCUGCCAGAAGACUUUACACAGUCAUAGUUUUGGGUUACCACAACGUCCAAGAUGUUCAGGACAUUCCAAAACUCUGACAUUGAUGUCCACUCCCCCAUCAUCACUUACAAAGUCCUCAAAUUCGCUAAGUUAUGGAAUUGGGCGUGUGCUGGCAGGUGAUUGAUGAGUUCCAUAUGUACUCUGUGUUCUUCCUUCAGACUCAGAGGAUAGUGACUAGGGAUUUUUCGCCCUUCCUCUCUCUCUUUUUCCCCUUCCUUCUCUUCUCCCUCCCUCUCUCCUAACCACCCCUCCAUCUCCCCCUCUUCCCUUCCCCCUCUCCCUCUCCCUCCGCUCCAUCCCCCCUUCCUCUCCCCCUCAAAUAGAUAACAUCUGGGGGGACUACGGUCCUAAUGGCAUGUUGGUAGAGAAUAAGCACCAGGCAUCGGAGCCGGCAGCAGACACCUCCCAGGACAUCUACAUGCCCUACGUGGCCAACGACAUCACCACCUUCUUCACCCUGCUGGUAGGGAUCUACUUCCCCUCCGUCACUGGUACGUUCACAUGGACAUCCACCUGUAAGGGAAGCGUUGCUAGGGUACACAAUAGGGAUUUUUGUAGAUAGAAGGAGCUCUUUGGUAAAGGGGUUAAGACCAAGGCACAUUCACUUGUUUCAAGUGGUCAUUCGGGUAACACUUUAGAAUAACUUUCAUUAAUAAGUAGUAAUUAAGCAUAAGUAAGCUAUUUCUAAGAGGUGUACAUACUAUUCAUUAAAGUGUAUUCCAUUUUUAUUUUUUUUACAUUAAUUGUUGUUGCGCUGUUGAUGGUUGACAGUAACCCUGCCUAGACCCCCCAAAGUACAAGCAGCAACACAGCUCUUACUUGAUAAUUACAUUUUACAUUUACGUCAUUUAGCAGACGCUCUUAUCCAGAGCGACUUACAAGUUGGAUGUUAUAAUACUUGCUUUCCCCUCUUCACAGGAAUCAUGGCUGGAUCCAACAGGUCUGGUGAUCUGAGGGACGCCCAGAAGUCCAUCCCCAUAGGAACCAUCAUGGCCAUCGCCACCACCACCUUCAUCUGUAUCUUUAAUGAUCUGUAAUGACAGCAACAACAGCCCAACCAUACAAGUGUCUAAUAGGACAAAUUUAAGCACCUACCAAAUUAUUAUAAAACAUGACAAGUCAAUGCGUUGUUAUGUGUAAACUGUAAAGCUAGGUUUUUAUUAAUUUGGGCACUAAAUAGCAAAACGUAGAAAAACAUUUUGCAAUGGUAAUUGCAAUUGAGCAUUCCUUAUUGGACAAGUCCAUGUAGUCUCUCCCUGCUAUACUCUACUUCAUUUGGUGCUCAAAUUAAUGUGACCCUGGUUUAUUUUUCACCUCUUUUGUCCUCUGAAGGCUAAUUUCCUUAAUUGCGUCACCCAGACAUUUCCUCUGUUAUACUGUUUGGCGCCUGCAUCGAGGGCGUGGUGCUCAGAGACAAGUAAGUGUUGUUUCACCUUUCACACUUGGUAUGAAAGCAGCACAAAUGUCUUGUUUAUUUCUUGAGCCCCAUCUCGACAUUCAAUCUUUGAUUUAAUUAUUGUAGUUACCUUAAAAACACAUGUUUUCUUAAGUAGAAACAGACCAUGGGUUAAGGUGUCUCCUUGUUAAGAGAUAAGAAGCCCAAAUAGGUUUUUUGGACAUUGGAAAAUUGGUUUGAAAACAUCACAGUUUCCCCUUAAAAAAGCUAUUUGUCUGUGACACAUAGUAGCCCCUUGUUACACAUAUAGCACUGUCAGGUUGAGAGCUCAAGCCAAUUACACUGGGCACACAUUGGUCAAAGGGUUUCUGUCUAGCUGGCAAGGUAUUUUUCUACUUUUAGCAGCGUGGGUAUGCAUGUCUUCGUGUGUACGUGUGUGCGUUUUAUCUGAGUACUUUUCUAAUGAAUACAUCUGUCUGUGUGUGUCUGUCUGUCCUAGGUUUGGGGACUCGGUCAAAGGGAACCUGGUGAUUGGCAUCCUUGCUUGGCCUUCCCCCUGGGUGAUUGUGAUUGGCUCGUUCUUCUCCUGCUGUGGAGCGGGUCUGCAGAGUCUCACUGGAGCCCCCCGGCUGCUGCAGGCCAUCGCACGAGACGGCAUUGUGCCAUUCCUACAGGUCAGAACAAACACACACUGUAGACACACACACACAGCGACACACAUGCACACACUGUAGACACACACAGGAACACACACACACAAACUCUCUGGCAUUUCCCUGUGUCCCAGGUGUUUGGUCAUGGCAAAGCUAAUGGAGAGCCCACCUGGGCCCUGCUGUUGACUGGUGGGAUCUGUGAGAUCGGCAUCCUCAUCGCCUCUCUGGACGCCGUCGCCCCCAUCCUCUCCAUGUGAGUACCUCUACUAUCAUCUCCAUCUCCUCCCUCUUCUCUUCUCUCACACCCCUCUCUACCGUUCUCUCUUUCUUUCCUUUCUUCCUUUCAUCCAUCCUUCUCUCCCAUCUACUGUAGCCUAAUCCUAGUUUUGCAGAACUGGUCUCUGGAGGUUUACUGACAGAUGGUAGCCGUGUGUAAUCUUACCUCUCCCUCAUUUUGUAUCUCUCUCUCCCUCUCAGGUUCUUUUUGAUGUGCUACCUGUUUGUCAACCUGGCCUGUGCCCUCCAGACACUGCUGCGCACCCCUAACUGGAGACCCCGCUUCAAGUUCUAUCACUGGUAAAAGAGAGCACCUCUCUCUCACUCUAUAUGGUGCUGCUGGCUGUUCUAAUACCCUCUCAAAUUAGCUUCACUGUUUUCUCCUGCUUUCUUAAGUACUAUAGCAGUCUCUUGGGGCUCUUGUUGCCUCAUUCACGGGGCACCCGCGAUAUUCCGCUUUAUCAAGCGGGAGCCGUGCUCCUGCCGUUCUGGUGGCCGUUCACGUGCCGUUUUCCUCACACAGCCCACUGCCUCCACCGCCCUUCUCCCGACCGGCGACACUAGCUGCCAGUCGGAAUCAAUAUGCUUUUUCAUAGCUAUUAAGUAGUAGAUUCCCAAAUGCCCAAUAAAGACAUGUCCCAAAACUCUGCUCAUCACUACUCAAAUUACAAAUCAUCAGUACUGACUUACCACUCAUGUAUGUAGUAAAUAAGUAGUGAAACAGAAUAUUAUUGAGUAGAACUUGUAAGGUAGUGAUGAAUACUAAGUUGUUGUUUUUUCAUGAGGCUGUGGUGAUAUAGUGGCAUAUGAUGGCGACUAGAAACAAUUACAUAAUAUGAACUAUUACAAAUUGAUGGUCCUUGAAAAUAAAUAUUAGUGCUUGAAGAAGUACUUGAAAGUCCUCGAAUUUGACUUGCCACUGUCUAUACGAACUCUGUUACUGCCUCCACCCCUACUCGGCAGCAUACAUUUCAUUACCCUAAACUGGCCAAGUAUUCAAGGUCCACACUACAGCUCGUGUAAGCUUGUAUAGUGAAUGCACACACCUGUAUGGCGUGUCCAGCGAUAAAUGGAUCUGUGCUAAAACAGAGAGGGGUUUGCUGUCUGGGAUUAAGGUUUCACAGUAACAGUGAAUAUAUACCACAGUAAAGCCCCAUUGUUAACUGCUGAGCUAUUCCAUGGAACUAGCUCCGUUGUUUGUAGUGCUAUGGUGCAUUCCGAUUUCUAUGGGCACAUUAACAUGUGCUACUGUCAAUCUUGUUUUUGAACCAAGUACCCUGCAGAGUAUCUGAAUUGAUACGAUAGGUUUGAUUACUUAAGGAAUCAGCUUGUCAUUUUUGGGCUGUCAAAAUGUACUCCUAUAUGACUGACUGUAACCUCCAUGCUCUUGUCUGUCUCUCGUCCCCCACAGGGCUCUGUCUUUCCUGGGCGCCAGUCUGUGUCUCUCCCUGAUGUUCAUCUCCUCCUGGUACUAUGCCCUGGUGGCCAUGCUUAUCGCUGGCUGCAUCUACAAGUACAUUGAAUACAGAGGGUAAGAGCUACCGGAUUCCACAGUAGCAUGGUACAUUGGUUCCCUUAUCACAAAUAGGAUGCAUGUUAGAUUGUGUUCCUCAAUCCUCCUUUAUCUCAUUCUCUCCAUCUUUAGGGCGGAGAAGGAGUGGGGCGACGGUAUCAAUGGUCUGUCGCUCAACGCCGCCCGCUACGCCCUCAUUCGCCUGGAGGAGGCGCCGCCCCACACCAAGAACUGGAGGUGGGCGAAUGUGUGUGCAUGUGAUUAGGUUUAUGUGCGUAUACGUUUGUUUGUGCCAUCAUUGACGCCGCAUUUCUGAACAUCCAGCAAUAAUCAACUGUGGGGCUUUCUCAACAGUAUCAUUUUCUGCUAGAGAACGUAGUGAAUUGUUACCACUUGUCAUCUGAGUAAUCCAGAGAAAGAUAAUUACUAUUUGAUGAAUCUCUGAGCCUUCUCUGUAAUCUCACUGUGAAAAAAGAUACCGUUAAGCCUAAGCAUAGCAGCCCCAUGACAGUGCCUGUCCAAAAAGUGGAGCAUUUACAUCAGGAAAGAAUGAGAUCAAACUUUGGUCUUGGGUCCUCUCCCUCCUGCCCCUGGCGUUGCCCACAGUCCCAUUGCCAGGGAAUGCCCUAAUCUACAGCGUCAAAAUCAAUAUUUCUCCCUGUGCCAUCUGGCCUGACGCGAAUGGCAGGCUACCAAGUACUUACGUGCAUACAUCGCCCACGCUUGGCUGGCGACGCGCCCCUAAGCCUCUUUACACAGUAACUGGCGCUGUGCUACCAGCCUUCGACAGCAGGACCCGUACUGGAGCCGUUAGGAAUCCUCUAUGUCUGACAAUUAGUAUGGAGCUGUGGCUCUGAGUAUUGUUUCUUCAUUCUAUGUAAUAUAUUCUCAGUGAAUUUGGUGAUGUUUUCUUUCCCUAUUCAGAGAAAGUAAUUGAAGUUGUUAGGUUUAUGUUCCAUCCUGCAUCCUGAUAUUACCCGGUUCUGAUCACUAGAUGGUGCUGUUCCAGGUGAUUUUCUUUUUAUGAGUUGCUGUCAUACCUUGUCCAUAAACUUCUUACAAGGUAAGAAAACCAAGGGUUGGAACCGGUUCAGGGAACAGAACAGAAAAACAGAAAAUAACAAAAUUAUUUGAGGAACAGAACCCAAACCGAAAUGGAUCUGUACUGUUCAGGAACAGAACCGUUAUUUUAAAAGCAUGGGAACCGGUUGAUAACAUUCUUUCAUGUGGAGCAUUUUUUUCCAGUCCCACAAAAAUCGCAACAAGCUCCUAUGCAAAGCCCUCAAUCUGUCACUCAGAAACUUAUUCCAGCGUCUGCCUGCCAGCUGGAAAUCUUUGCCAGUGGGUGUGCGAAUGUGUAGGCUACCUGCCCCUCCCCUCUGAAGUAUAGGUUACUGUAGCCUACUGAUGACGUUACAAGUGUAAUUCAGAAAUUAGGGAGAAAUGUUUAAUAAGAGAAGAAUGGAUUGACUUUUUCAAUGCUAGUUAAGGAUACUAUAGUUAUCACGUUUUCACAUUGGAUUUAUUAACUACAAAAAGGUAAGACGUGUUUUUAAUUCUGGUGCUGCUCUGCACACAUAAGCUUGCUAGCUAGCUAGCUAGCUAAUGUUUUCUCUGAUCCAACUUUAAACCAACUCGGAAGUUCAAAGACAUUCAAAGUUACUCCAUAGAAGCCUCUCCUCCGUAGGUAUAAUUCCAUGGGCCUAAUUCAGAUAAUGCAUGUCAUAACAAGAUGCCCAGCUCUUCAAGGCAAGCUUCCUCCAUCCUCUCUCACUCUCUACUCACCCUCAAAAUUUCAGUUGCGUCUUGUGCCCUACACUGUGACUGGCAGCACAGUGUGUGUGUUUGUCUUUCAUUAUGAUUAAACCAUGCUGUUACAGCAAAAUACAAUUAGCUCUUAAUGACUUUCCCACUCUACAGCAAGCUGCUGUAUCCUCACUGAUGAUUCUUGACAUUAAAUUACUUCACCAAACAGCAGCAACAGCACCAUCUAGUGGUCAGAACCUGGUAAUAUUAGGAUGUAGGAUGGGACAUAAACCUAACAACUUCAUUGACUAAUUUCUCCGAACAGGGGAAAAAAACCUUCACCAAAUUCACUGAGAAUACAUAACAUAAAAUGAAGAAACAAUACUCAGAGCCGCAGCUCCAUUCUACUUGCCAGACAUAGAAACAUGAUACUGUAUACUUGAUGUUUGGGUGGGAUUGCCGUGGGGAAUCCGUGGGUGGCUUUUGACCAUUUCGUUGGAUUCCUCAUGUUUUACUCAUUGUUAGAAAAAGUUUGGCCAAAUAGGAUGUUAGGUACUAAAUAUUUAUAGAAUAUUAUAUGAAUCCUAUAAAUUAAAAUGGGUGCAAUCAAUUAGCUUAAUUUCUCAGAGAUCAAAUUAUAUUUAAACAAAAUAAUGUUGCAGGAAUGCUAAUCUUAUCUGUUUCUAACUACAGAAAUGAUUUCUGAAAAAUCUGAGAUGGUGGGUGUCAUGGCUUGCUGAAAUGACAUGGAACGACCCAAUCAGUUAAUCCAAUCAGCUGCAGCCGUCAGGAAUCCCUUCAAUAGAUGUGUUUAAAAGUUCACCUUUAGCCGUGCAGGCUUAAGGCAAUCUCAUUUUGAACUCAAAUGUCUGUACAAAUGUAACAGCAAUGUUCCCAGGUGUUAAUACAGAUAGCUAGGCAAUAAUCUGAAAUUCAAAUUCAAAGCAAUGUGUUGGACCAGUAUGGGUCUUGGUCAGCCUUGUAUAAUAUAAUACAGUAUGACUUGUCUGAUGUCUCACCGCCCCUGUCUUCCCGGGUCGUAGGCCCCAGAUGCUGCUGCUAUUGAACCUGGACUCUGACCACACAGUGAAACACCCACGCCUGCUCUCCUUCUGCACCCAGCUCAAAGCGGGCAAAGGCCUGACCAUCGUGGGCUCCGUCCUGGAGGGCACUUACAUGACCAAGGAGGCCGAGGUCAAGAAGGCCGAGCAGGUACUGUAGUCACGGGCUCAGCUUAUACACCGUGGACUCUAUAGUCGUAAGUGGCUUCCUAUCCUUGUCUCCUCUCCUUCAUCUGUGCUGACGUGAACCUGGUAGGUGAGAGAAAUAUGGUGUAAAAGUCUUGGACGUACCAUUGAUUAGGGAGGAACAGAGGUCUGGAGAGAAAGGCACUUUAGACUACUAGAUGUGUCUGUGAGAGACCUGUUAAGAGAACCAACCAGAGAGGAGUUUAGAGGCUGCUGACAUUUCCAGUCUUAUUCCACUGGCAGAGACUGCCUGCCUUCUACUGGUAGACCAACAUAGACAUUAAUUACCAGGUUGAGUCCAUUCCGAUUCUGUCAAAUCAGGAAAUCAUAUUCUUGUCCUUCUUUUCUAUUCGUCACUAGUUACCACAUCCACAAAGUCAUAAACCCCGCCUAUUUCUAAAAUUGAUCUUCAUAAAAUGUGAUUUUAAACCUAACCUUAACCACACUGCUAACCUUAUGCCUAACCCUAACCUUAAAUUAAGACCAAGAUUUUUACGAUAUAGCCAAUUUUGACCUUGUGGCUGUGGUAACUAGUGGAAACCUUUUCUCACACUUCGUGACUUUUUCCAUCAGAACAUCAAGUCGUCGAUGACGAUGGAGCGUACCAAGGGCUUCUGCCACGUGGUGGCAUCAUCCAACCUGCGUGAUGGUUUCUCCCACCUCAUCCAGACAGCAGGCCUUGGGGGCAUGAAACACAACACGGUCCUCAUGGCCUGGCCCGGCACCUGGAAACAGUCCAACGACCCCGUCUCCUGGAAGAACUUCAUAGGUGAGUCAGUGUGACCCACUUGGAUUUGAGACCACACCAAAAAUGUCUUAACAUUAGCUCAGGAAGGUAACUCAUCAUGCGAGCGUAACCCCCAUUACACGGUACGUAACCCUAUGCAAUACCAUUACUGAGAUGGCAUGCGUGCACGCGCUAAUUUAACAGCAUUUCUCUCUGUCCCCUCCACAGAGACUGUGCGUGAGACCACGGCGGCCCAUCAGGCCUUGCUGGUGGCCAAGAACGUGGACAGCUUCCCCACCAACGCAGACCGCCUGGGCCAGGGCACCAUAGACGUGUGGUGGAUCGUCCACGACGGAGGACUGCUUAUGUUGCUGCCCUUCCUCCUCCGCCAGCACAAGGUAUCUAUGGUUACGCCAUUGACAUUCUGUUGGGGGGGAAUAUAAAAACACACAUGCACAGACAAACACACAAACAUAUGCACACACUUAGUUAUUAACACAUACAAAUAGGCGCACAUAUCAUUAUACCCCCAUACACUAGGCUUAGGGAUGACUUGUGUUCACACAUUGCAUCGCGUUACACAUAGAUCAAAGUGAGUGUUUAAUUUGCCUUCUCUCUUUUUCUUCCAUCUCCUACUCUUUCUUUCUCACUGUUUUUUCCUAUACUCUCUCUCUCUCUCUCUCUCUCUCUCUCUCUCUCUCUCUCUCUCUCUCUCUCUCUCUCUCUCUCUCUCUCUCUCUCUCUCUCUCUCUCUCUCUCUCUCUCUCUCUCUCUCUCUCUCUCUCUCUCCCCCUCCUUCCCUCCCACCCUCCCCGCAUCUCAGGUGUGGAGGAAGUGUAAGAUGCGUAUCUUCACGGUGGCUAAUAUGGAUGACAACAGUAUUCAGAUGAAGAAGGACCUGCAGAUGUUCCUCUACCACCUCCGUCUGGACGCAGAGGUGGAGGUGGUAGAGAUGGUGAGCUUACCUGUAGACCUCUAGGGCACUGACAUCUCUCUAUUGACCUAUAACUUGAGAUGACGAAACCUAACCUGAUGUGUAGCUCAAUCAAGUCAAGCACACUUAAAUGUCUCUAAUAUUUGUCUGCUUCUUUUGAUAUUAAAAGGAAGAAACUCCAGCACUCUGGUGAUCUUGGAUAUGCCUCAAACACUUUAAAUCAAUCAAUCAAUCAAUUUUAUUUUAUAUAGCCCUUCUUACAUCAGCUAAUAUCUCGAAGUGCUGUACAGAAACCCAGCCUAAAACCCCAAACAGCUAGUAAUGCAGGUGUAGAAGCACGGUGGCUAGGAAAAACUCCCUAGAAAGGCAAAACCUAGGAAGAAACCUAGAGAGGAACCAGGCUAUGAGGGGUGGCCAGUCCUCUUCUGGCUGUGCCGGGUGGAGAUUAUAACAGAACCAUGCCAAGAUGUUCAAAAAUGUUCAUAAGUGACAAGCAUGGUCAAAUAAUAAUCAGGAAUAAAUCUCAGUUGGCUUUUCAUAGCCGAUCAUUAAGAGUUGAAAACAGCAGGUCUGGGACAGGUAGGGGUUCCAUAACCGCAGGCAGAACAGUUUAAACUGGAAUAGCAGCAAGGCCAGGCGGACUGGGGACAGCAAGGAGUCACCACGGCCGGUAGUCCCGACGUAUGGUCCUAGGGCUCAGGUCUCUCAGUUGGCUUUUCAUAGCCGAUCAUUAAGAGUUGAAAACAGCAGGUCUGGGACAGGUAGGGGUUUCGUAGCCGCAGGCAGAACAGUUGAAACUGGAAUAGCAGCAAGGCCAGGCGGACUGGGGACAGCAAGGUGUCAUCAUGCCCGGUAGUCCUGACGUAUGGUCCUAGGGCUCAGGUUCUCAGAGAGAAAGAGAGAACGAGAGAAUUAGAGAGAGCAUACUUAAAUUCACACAGGACACUGGAUAAGACAGGAGAAGUACUCCAGGUAUAACCAACUAACCCCAGCCCCCCGACACAUAAACUACUGCAGCAUAAAUACUGGAGGCUGAGACAGGAGCGGUCCGGAGACACUGUGGCCCCAUCUGAAGAAACCCCCGGACAGGGCCAAACAGGAAGGAUAUAACCCCACCCACUCCGCCAAAGCACAGCCCCCGCACCACUAGAGGGAUAUCCCCAACCACCAACUUACAAUCCUGAGACAAGGCCGAGUAUAGCCCACAGAGGUCUCCACCACAGCACAAACCAAGGGGGGGGCGCCAACCCAGACAGGAAGAUCACGUCAGUAACUCAACCCACUCAAGUGACGCACCCCUCCCAGGGACGGCAUGAAAGAGCACCAGCAAGCCAGUGACUCAGCCCCUGCAACAGGGUUAGAGGCAGAGAACCCCAGUGGAGAGGGGAACCGGCCUGGCAGAGACAGCAAGGGCUGUUCGUUGCUCCAGCCUUUCCGUUCACCUUCACACUCCUGGGCCAGACUACACUCAAUCAUAUGACCUACUGAAGAGAUAAGUCUUCAGUAAAGACUUAAAGGUUGAGACCGAGUCUGCGUCUCUCACAUGGGUAGGCAGACUGUUCCAUAAAAAUGGAGAUCUAUAGGAGAAAGCCCUGCCUCCCGCUGUUUGCUUAGAAAUUCUAGGGACAAUUAGGAGGCCUGCGUCUUGUGACCGUAGCGUACGUAUUGGUAUGUACGGCAGGACCAACUCGGAAAGAUAGGUAGGAGCAAGCCCAUGUAACGCUUUAUAGGUUAACAGUAAAACCUUGAAAUCAGCCCUUGCCUUAACAGGAAGCCAGUGUAGGGAAGCUAGCACUGGAGUAAUAUGAUCAAAUUUCUUGGUUCUAGUCAGGAUUCUAGCAGCCGUAUUUAGCACUAACUGAAGUUUAUUUAGUGCUUUAUCCGGGUAGCCGGAAAAUAGAGCAUUGCAGUAGUCUAACCUAGAAGUAACAAAUGCAUGGAUUAAUUUUUCUGCAUCAUUUUUGGACAGAAAAUUUCUGAUUUUUGCAAUGUUACGUAGAUGGAAAAAAGCUGUCCUUGAAACAGUCUUGAUAUGUUCGUCAAAAGAGAGAUCAGGGUCAAGAGUAACGCCUAGGUCCUUCACAGUUUUAUUUGAGACGACUUUACAACCAUCAAGAUGAAUUGUCAGAUUUAACAGAAGAUCUCUUUGUUUCUUGGGACCUAGAACAAGCAUCUCUGUUUUGUCCGAGUUUAAAAGUAAAAAGUUUUCAGCCAUCCACUUCCUUAUGUCUGAAACACAGGCUUCUAGCGAGGGCAAUUUUGGGGCUUCACCAUGCUUCAUUGAAAUGUACAGCUGUGUGUCAUCCGCAUAGCAGUGAAAGUUAACAUUAUGUUUUCGAAUAACAUCCCCAAGAGGUAAAAUAUAUAGUGAAAACAAUAGUGGUCCUAAAACGGAACCUUGAGGAACACCGAAAUGUACAGUUGAUUUGUCGGAGGACAGACCAUUCACAGAGACAAACUAAUAUCUUUCCGACAGGUAGGAUCUAAACCAGGCCAGAACUUGUCCGUGUAGACCAAUUUGGGAUUCCAGUCUCUCCAAAAUCCAAUACAAUGUUUCAGUCAAUAGAGCUUCAUCAGGGUUUCGUUAGAUAUAAAACAUGUAUGAUGCUUAGUUAACCCUUUGGAUAAUGUGUGUGUGAACAGCACGACAGCGACAUCUCAGCCUUCACCUACGAGAAGACCCUGGUGAUGGAGCAGCGCUCUCAGAUGCUCAAACAGAUGCAGCUGUCGCGGACGGAGAGGGAGAGAGAGGUAACACCGCCCCCUGUCUGCAGGGCACACUCAUUACAAAACUAUUACCCUUCAAUGUUAUGCCCCAAGUGGUACCCUAUUCCCUUUAUAGUGCACUACAUUUGAACAGGGCCUAUAGGCUCCGGUCAAAAGUAGUGCACUAAAUAUGGAAUGGGGUGCCAUUUGGGAUGCAAGCCAAGUCAAUAGGAAGCAAGUAUUGAUAUAAUCUGUUAUUGUUUUGCAACACCUUUAUCAGGAAAUUCAUGGUAUAUUCCUUUAGAACUAUAUCUUGAAGGGUUUUAAAUGCAAUGCGGUUGUUUCAGGUGUCUUUCUUGAGUGCACUUAUUAUCAGUUGGUCUGUAAAGAGAAAAGUGUCAUGGGAAUGUGAUUUAGUAUAUCAUUGCUUUGGGUCACAUUGAACAGCCAUGGAUGUACCCUGACCUCACUUGGUUAGAAAUCCCUGAUAUUACCGUAUGAGCAUACAGGAAAUAGAUAGGACAUACAGUGCCUUCAGAAAGUAUUCACAACCUUUGACUUUUUCCACAUUUUGUUGUGUUACAGCCUGAAUUUAAAAUUGAUUAAAUUGAGAUUUUCUUGUCACUGGCCUACACACAAUACCCCAUAAUGUCAAAGUGGAAUUAUGUUUUUCGAAACAUUAUUACAACAUUAAUAUUCAACCCCUUUGUUAUGGCAAGUCAAAAUAAGUUCAGGAGUAAAAAAAAUCAUAACAAGCCGCAUAAUAAGUUGCAUGGAAUCACUCUGUGUGCAAUAAUAGUAUUUAACAUAAUUUUGGAAUGACUACCUCAUCACUGUACCCCACACACACAAUUAUCUGUAAGGUCCCUCAGUCGAGAAGUGAUUUUCAAACACUGAUUCAACCACAAAGACCAGGGAGGUUUUCCAAUGCCUCGCAAAGAAGGGCACCUAUUAAACAAAGCAGACAUUGAAUAACCCUUUGAGCAUGGUGAAGUUAUUAAUUACACUUUGGAUGGUGUAUCAAUACACCCAGUCACUACACAGAUACAGGCGUCCUUCCUAACUCAGUAGCCAGAGAGGAAGGAAACCGCUCAGGGAUUUCAACAUGAGGACAAUGGUGACUUUAAAACAGUUACAGAGUUGAAUGGCUGUGAUAGGAGAAAACAUUGUAGUUACUCCACAAUACAAACCUAAUUGACAGAGUGAAAAUAAUAUAAUAAUAAUAAUAUGCCAUUUAGCAGACGCUUUUAUCCAAAGCGACUUACAGUCAUGCGUGCAUACAUUUUUGUGUAUGGGUGGUCCCGGGGAUCGAACCCACUACCUUGGCGUUACAAGCGCCGUGCUCUACCAGCUGAGCGACAGAGGACCACGAAAAUGUACAGAAUACAUGCAUCCUGUUUUGCAAUAAAGCACUAAAGUAAAACUGCAAAAAAUGUGGCAAAGCAAUUAACUUUUUGUCUUACGAAGUGUUAUGUUUGGGGCAAAUCCAAUACAACACAUGACUGAUUACCACUCUCCAUAUUUUCAAGCAUAGUGGUGGCUGCAUCAUGUUAUGGGUAUGCUUGUAAUCAUUAAGGACUGGUACUUUUUUCAGGAUCAAUAGAAACAGAAUGGAGCUAAACACAGGCAGAAUCCUAGAGGAAAACCUAGUUCAGUCUGCUUUCCACUAGACACUGGGAGAUGAAUUCACCUUUCAGCAGGACAAUAACCUAAAACUCAAGGCCACAUCUACACUGGAGUUGCUUACCAGGAAAGACUGUAUAUGUUCCUGAGUGGCCAAGUUACAGUUUUUAAAUCUACUUGAAAAUCUAUGGCAAGACCUGAAAAUGGUUGUCUAGCAAUGAUCAACAACCAAUUUGACAGAGCUUGAAUAAUUUUGAAAAGAAUAAUGGGCAAAUGUUGCACAAUCCAGGUGUGGAAAGCUCUUAGAGACUUACCCAGAAAGACGGCUGUAUUCGCUGCCAAAGGUGCUUCUACAAUGAUAUUUCUGUAUUUCAUUUUCAAUAAAUUUGCUAAAAAUUAUAAAAACAUGUUUUCACUUUAUCGUUAUGGUGUAGAUCGAUGAUAAAACAAAUCCAUUUAAUCCAUUUUGAAUUCAGGCUGUAACACAACAAAAUGUGGAAUAAGUCAAGGGGUAUGAAUACUUUCUGAAGGCACUGUAUGUUAUUGGGUUGUGGGUAUCAGGGCUCUCCUAGCCCACCUUGGCCUAGUGUUCGUUGUAUGACCUUUGGCCCCCUCUCCUGUCUGGCUGCGUAUGCGGUAUGGGCCAACACGGCUCUCAGAUUCAGAGUAUCACUGACUCGUCACGUAGCUCCAUCAGGAGGAAUAAUCAAACCGGAGCCUCGGGCUCAGAAUCUGGCCCCAGUCGAGAGCUGGAGGACACACAGGAAGACGAGGUAGCCAACACCCCCCAUCUGUACCCCCAAUGCCCCUGUGACUGCAGCCCCUCACCCCCACUGAGACUACCAUUACCCCCCAGUCACCAACCCCCAGAGACCACACUUACACAGCCACAGCCACAGCUGCUAACAGUCAGGGACCUAAAGUAAGUUAAAGCCCAGUCAAAAUGUCCAGUUAAAGUAAUCCCCGGAUAGACCAUCUAUGGUAGAUUGUGGCUGUGUAACUGUGUAGGUUACUCACCGUAGUGGCCUAUGGACGUUAUGGACUCACCUCAUUCCGCAUGCGCCAUUCGUCAAGUGCACUGUGGUGUAAUCCUCCUUUAGUUCAUCCCUCCUUCCUCCACUCAUCACCCUCCACCUGGUUAAUUCCCUGUGGACGUCACCAUUACUCCAUCUCACAGUGUCGUAGAUCCAGACAGUACUUUGUGCCUCACUCCUUAUUAAAGAGCUAUUGGCCUGUGUAGAGAACACUGGUGUUGUUUUGCAUGUCAUGGAUUUUGGUAUGAUGAACCCUAUACACUUCAAUGUCAUUAGUCAUUCAUUAGUCAGUCAUAAAUGUUUUUACUAUGUUUGUUGACUGUAUGAGUGGUGUUGGUCUUUCUACCAGGCAAGGUUAUUAUAAUAAACUAAAACUAAAACUAAAACUAAUUAUGAAAAAACUAUUUAGUCAAUUGAAAUAAAAUAAUUAACAAACCUGUUUGAAAAACUACAACUAUACUGAAACUAUUAUCUUUGACUCUAAAACUAACUAAAUAAAAUAAAAACCGUCAUGAAUUAUGUUCAUUUAUUAAUUUAUUUUAAACGUUAGACAAAGAUCUAAUGUGGUGUUCAAUAGGGUUUUCAUGCUUUUUGAGGGCUUUCAAGCUACUGAAUCUGGUGGGUAAAUGUGGCCGGGAGAUGGCAAUGUUUCAAAUAGGCCUAGCUUGUGCCUCACUAUCACUAGCUAUAUACUAGCUAUAAGGGAAAAAAUUGGCUAGGUAGCUAACUUGAUUCUUCUCACAUGUACUACUAAAAAGCAUUGGAUUGGUGUAAACAUGGGCGAGAGAGGGUUUCCUUCCACCAUAUUUUUUGCACCAGUCUAUGUGUUAUUAUUUUAAAUACAAGUCACAUUGAGAUUUACUUUAUAAUUUAAACCUAACUAAUGACCUGACCCAUCACCUUAAGUAUUACUGUCCCCCAGUUGCAAGAAGUGACAUUCUAAAUAACACAAGUAACUAUACCUCCCAUGCAUGCUUUCUGCCCCUAACACUACAACUAAAACUGACACUAAAUAAUAUAAAAACGAAAAAUAAAUAUUUUUACUAACUAAAAACUAGCAAAUCUAAACUGAAUUUUAAAUAAAAAUGGAAAAACUAAUAGAAAUAAAAACUAAUAUAAAAUCACAAAACUAUAAUAACCUUGCUACCAGGUUUGUGUAACGCCAUAGUUUCUAGCCUGUAGUCUCUCUCUCUCUCUCUCCCUCUCUCUCUCUCUCUCUCCCUCUCUCUCUCUCUCUCUAUCUCGCUCUCUCAUCAUCUCCCUCUCCAUCUCCUUCAGGCCCAGCUGAUCCAUGACAGAAACACGGCGUCUCACGCCGCGCUGAACGACAAGGCCGACGCUGGCCCUGACCGGGUCCACAUGACCUGGACCAAGGAUAAGUUCCUCACCGAGCGCAACCGCAACCGCGCCGAGGCCAACAUGGGCGUGCGCGACAUCUUCAACAUGAAACCGUAAGUCAGGUGCUAAGUAUGAACCCUCUUAUCCUUAAACCUUCCAUAGCCUAAAUGGAGGAGCCAAGUGGAUAGUUGCUCACACUAGCUGCCCCGGAGCCUGUCGGUUUGAAAUGGUUACAUGGCCUGCAUGGUGUGUGUUCAGGCUGGGUUGGCAUGUUCCAUGUUGACCUGUGUGACUGUGUGUGUGGACACAUCCAAUGCAUGGCCCCACCACACAGACCACAUGCACCGUCUGGACUAAUGACCAUCAUGUCUUUGUGUCUCAGAACCCACCAUCUCAAAAGGGCAGAUAGAACCGCUAGUUCAUUACAUAGGCCAAAAAAUCUAACAAGCCCAAAUAUGAUUUGGAUACUAUAGAGACCGUUUUAAAGGGAUAAUUCACCUCCAAAUCAAAGUUUGUCUGAUGUUUUCGCACCUCUUGACUACUUUUGAGGAAUGAAAACAUCUGACUUGAACCAUCCCUUUAAACUGAGGGAAGUGUUUAACUGUGGGGUGGUUGGCAUGUACAACAGUAGACAUGCAAGGGGUUUCUAUAAAACAUCUAAGACGUUUUUUGUUGUUUUGUCUCAUUUUCCUCCUUCUAGAGAGUGGGAGAGUCUGUAAGUCACAUUUCUCUUUGCCAUAGUGCUGUAGGCUGUGUGGAUGAAUGUCUGUGUACAGUAGUCCUUUUCUGUCUCCUCCCAGCCACUGGGACUGUGUGUCUGUGUGUGUGCCUGCGUGCAUACAAGUGUGUGUGUGUGCGUGUGUGUUUGUGUGUGUGUGUGCGUGCGUGCCUGCGUGAUGGGAGGGUACACAUGUCAUGUUAUGUAGCAUGUGCAAUCAAAAUUGCGCUUUCCAUACAGACCUUAGCCGUGUAAACAAUAUUGCUUUAUUGCCCAUGCAUCUGUUCUGUAUAGGAAUAGAACCAAAAAAUUAACAAUAUCAGUGGUCCAAAAUCCAUUUCAAUUGGUCAUUGCAAUCAUCAUGAUAUUGUCCUUAAGCUGUCAAAUCUCAACUGGGUGGAAAGCGUAUGUUUUUUUGGAAGUGCCUCAUUGUAUUUGUGAUGUGGUGAUUUCUGCUUCAAACCAUUUGCAUAUCAUGCUCUGCAUUUUUGGUGUUGCUGUGCACUCUAACUCAAGAAGGGCUUUCAAUAUUACACCCAAUAUCACAUUGAACUGGUCAAUUGAAUAUUGGAAUAGUGUGUAUACCACGCAGUACUAUAAACUGGGUAGUUUGACUCCUGGAUGCUAAUUGGCUGAAAGCCGUGGUAUAUCAGACAAUAUACCAUGGGUAUGAUGCAAAACUACUUGUUUACUGUUCUUUUUAUGUUGGUAACUGGUUUAUAAUAGCAAUAAGGCACCUCGGGGGUUUGUGGUAUAUGCCACUGCUAAGGGCUGUAUCCAGGCACACCUCCUUGGGCCUUAUUGCUUAGUUAUACAGUGGAAUAUUUCAUACCCACAGGCUUGCCCAUUGUAUUUGUCAGUACACCAGGUCUACAACAGGCCCCUGUAGCGUAUCCUCUCUGCCACCCUACUGCUACUGCUGCUGUUUGAAGUGUGACGCUGCUUUGACUGCCCAUCCUGAGCCUUCAUUCCGAGUGAAAUAAUGACUCCCAAGGCUUCACUAUCAUAACCACCAGCUGUCCUACUUCAUGUUCUCAUCUGUGUGCUAAAGGCUGCCAAUCUGACAAUUGCACUGUAAUUGCUCAUUUAAAAAAACAUGAUCAAGAAGUGUUUUGUCAUUACUGAAUGUUUAGACUAUUGAGUGUUACAUGAGAAGAGUGACAGAUUAGUAGAUUAGUUACUAUUGGUUAAAUCCUCAUUUUAGAUAUGGGCUAUUUACUCAAACUUUUGCCUAAAUCAUACAUUGAUGUCAAUGGAGUUGAGCGCCAUAUUUCUAGUUAGAAUUCAAUGUAAAAAACUUUAGCAUCUGAUAAAGCGUUAUGUAAAUCCAGUCCAUUAAUAUUAUUGGAGAAGUCAGAGUCAGAAGUUAGAGGUCAGGGUUGAGGUGGGUUCAGCCUGCUCUUCUUCACUGUCACCCUUGUGUGGUAUAGGAACCAGUCCAAUGUGCGCCGGAUGCACACUGCGGUCAAGCUGAAUGAGGUGGUGGUCAACAAGUCACAGGGAGCCCACCUGGUCCUGCUCAACAUGCCGGGACCACCCAAAAACAGAGGGGGCGACGAGAACUGUAUCCUUUACAGCCAAAUGUCUGUUUAUUCAAAUUUGACUAUGCAUGUCAGAUUAAUUGUUUAUUGCUUAGUUGAAUAUGUUUACCCCAACUUAACUUGAAAGGUAUCGUCAUCAGCGAUCUGACAAGGUCGAGGACGAUCUCUUUGAAAAGGUUGUUUAGUUGUUAAUAGUUAAGUUGUUGAUUGUACACUAUAUAUACAAAAUUAUGUGGACACCCCUUCAAAUUAUUGGAUUCAGCUAUUUCAGCCUCACCCGUUGCUGACAGCAAUGUUCCCUCAAACAUUUUCCCGCACUGAGCAAAUUUCAGGUCUGCUGAGCGCAAACUUGAAUGUCGUGAAAAUUCUGUGCAACUUCCAGCGCGCAUUUACUGUGAACACUGAGACUGUACCCGCUUUGUUACAGUUUUAACAGUGGCCAAGUAGGCUACUGUGGCUAUUUGAUCAUAAUGUAGGCCUACCAGAAACAAUGGAGAAAAUGCGUCCCAUAACAUUUUAACAUGGAAAUAGCUGUCCUAUCAUUCAGCCUACAGUAGCAGCCAAUGUGUGGUGUUCAAUGUAGGCCUACAUUCCAUGAGAUAUUUGAGAAAAAAACAUGCAGGGCUUGACAUUAACCUGUUUAUCCACUUGUCCUUCAGACAAGGAACCACUUUACAAAAUAAAAUGCAUUAUUAUUCCCAUACCAUUAUUACAGAGAAUCAGACAAAUUAUGCUACCCUCUGCCUAUUGGCUACUUAGCUUAUUCAAGCCUGUCUCAAAAUACAGCACUGCCUCUUUAAGACAAAAAAAAGCUCUUUAUCUGACUCGCUUUUCAAAGAUGUCUAGAAAUGUAUAUGUUUUGUGCUCUUGUAGGAAGCAAUCACUCCCCUAUUGCUGACUACAAAUUCAAUAUAACUGGGCUAAUAACUCACUAACUAGCAAAGGAUGUGAACAAAAUGUGCACAAGUGGCUACAUGCAGCUCUCGCUUUGAUCUCAAAACAAGCGCAUCUACUCGUGACCGCUCAUGCUGUAAACACAGUCCAGUUCAAAGUAAAUGGCAAAGAUCCAUAUAUGGCAAUGGUCUAUUUGCAUAUAGGCCUACUGCAGCUCUGAUUGGUUAUGGCACACCGGUCUGUGUAGAGUAUGUGCCUGAGUCGUGCCUGUCAAUGCAAUAGAAUCCUACUCCGAUGCAUUCUGCCUACAACAAAAUCUCUUGCAUAGUUAGUUUUGUUUCGGUAUGUUGCAUUGAAAGUGGCUAAUAUUGUGUUGAUUCGAUCACAAUUGCCACAGUAAAGGGAAACGUUGAUAGUAUUAACAGGAACUCUAGAACAGUGGUGACCAACCUUUUCUGAGUCAAGAAGAUCACUUUGAGUCAAAAUGCAAACUGAGAUCUACCGCUCAGAUUAUUUUGUUAACAUUACUUAAAAAACGUUAACCUAUGCAACAUUAACCAAUUAAAAACAGUACUGUAGCAAUGAGGUUUGUGCAGUAGGCUAUAGGCCCAAUACAUUAUCACUGCAUAUUGGCUUUGCUUGAAUUGCCCUGCCAAUGCAUUGUUGUUCAGGCCAUUUUAUAAAAUUAUAUUUUAAAAUUUGAGUUAGGCUAUAUGACACUGUAUUUAAAACAAAAUAGGAACACAAGGCUUUAUCAUUGGGUUUUUUACAGAGCUGUUUGGCGAUCGACUAGGAAUACCGAUCGACUGGUUGGUGACCACUGCUCUAGAAAGUUGAGUGAAAUUCAAUCUUGUGCUUCUCUCUUAGAGGGAACAUUGGCUGACAGACGACUUUUAACGAGCCACCGUCAUAGGAUGCCACCUUUCCAGCAAGUUAGUUCAUGAAAUUUCUGCCCUGCUAGAGCUUCCCCGGUCAACUGUAAGUGCUGUUAUUGUGAAGUGGAAACAUCUAGGAGCAACAACGGCUCAGCCACGAAGUAGUAGGCCACACAUGCUCACAGAACGGGACCGCCGAGUGCUGAAGCGUGUUGCACGUAAAAAUCGUCUGUCCUCGGUUGCAACACUCACUACCGAAGGAAGUCCCCACAGCAAUGUUCCAACAUCUAGUGGAAAGCCUUCCCAGAAGAGUGGAGGCUGUUAUAGCAGCAAAGGGGGGACCAACUCCAUAUUAAUGCCCAUGAUUUUGGAAUGAGAUGUUCGACGAGCAUGUGUCCACAUACUUUUGGUCAUGUAGUGUAUCUUUAAAACGUAUAAUAACUAAUAGCUUUAGAGCUAAUGUACUUCCCUUGUCACGUGACCUGCAUAAACCCCUGUCAUGUGAUGUGACUUGUUUCCUCUUUGACCCUUGGUGUCUCAGACAUGGAGUUCCUGGAGGUUCUACUGGAAGGUCUCAACCGGGUCCUCCUGGUCCGUGGGGGCGGACGCGAGGUCAUCACUAUCUACUCUUAA